UUUUUUUUUUUGCGGACCAGCUCUCUGUUCCGGUAGACCUCCGCCCGGGACACCUCAGCGGCGGAUCUCUGAAAAGAAGAGACAGGGAUGAAGAGAGAAAGGCGGCUAUGUCGAGAAGGCCUCGUUGCCUUGGCGACGGUGGACAGCUCCCGGAAGUGACGUCAGGAGGGCGCUAAACUAGAACUGAGGAAACUGAGGGAGACCCAAGAAGAGAGCUGUGAGAGAGCCGUAUUGCUGUUUGAGUGAUUUCUAAUGCUAUGGAAUGAGUCAGAGCUGGAGAGGAGGAUCAAGAGGUUGGAGAGGUGGUGGAGGAGGAAAUCAAUAUUCGGGGGCAUGGAGAGGAGGAGGCGGAGGAGGCCGACCCUGGAAGCAAAGAGGCAACGGGAGGGGGCAGAGUGCUCUUUGGAACAAGAACCCUGGAAAUGAGCCUUCAUGUUUCUCUGGAUCACCUGCCAGACCUCGAUAUACACAGACUUCCUUGGAUAAAUAUGUCCCAUACAAAGGCUGGAAGCUUUACUUCUCUGAAGCUUACAGUGACAAUUCCCCGUUUGUGUUAAAAGUUCAAGCCUUUGAAAGAUUCUUCACAAAACACAUUGAAUAUUAUGACAAGGAUGAAAUUGAAAGAAAUGGAAGCAUUCUUGUGGAUUACAAGGAGCUCCUGGAAGAUGAUGCACUUAAAGCAUCUGUUUCCCUCUCCACUGAGCUGAAAGAGAUGCCUGAAAAAGUUCUGGAUUGCAUGGGGCUAGCAAUACACCAGGUGUUAACCAAAGACUUGGAGAAGCAUGCAGUGGAGUUGCAGGGGCAGGAGGGUCUUCCACUAGAAGAGACCCCCAUAGUGGAUGUACCAUACAUACAUGCAAGGGUGUACAAUUAUGAUCCACUGAUUCCUCUGAAAAACCUCAGAGCUAAUUUGUAUGGCAAAUAUGUGGCAUUGCGUGGCACGGUGGUUCGAGUUAGUAACAUUAAACCGAUCUGCACCAAAAUGGCCUUCGUAUGCAACAUGUGUAGAGAUGUGCAGAGCUUUCCUUUUCCUGAUGGAAAAUUCACAUUUCCAACAAAGUGUCCUGUGGCGGAAUGCCGGGGACGUUCAUUCACACCAGACCGAGGUUCUCCGCUGACAGUGACCGUGGACUGGCAGACUAUCAAAGUCCAGGAGCUGAUGUUGGAUGAUCAGAGGGAAGCUGGGAGAAUUCCAAGGACAGUUGAAUGUGAACUGAUCCAGGAUUUAGCAGAUAGUUGUGUUCCUGGAGAUACGGUGACCAUCACAGGGGUGGUUAAAGUGUCUAAUGUCAAAGAUGGAGGGUUUAAAAAUAAAAACAAUAAAUGCAUGUUUCUGUUGUACAUCGAGGCAAAUUCAGUCAGUAACAGCAAAGGUCAGAAAGCUAAAGACACCGAUGAGAACACCAGGCAUGGGGCAGCUAUGGAUUUUUCUCUGAAAGACCUUUAUGCUAUUCAAGAGAUCCAGGCACAGGAGAGCCUCUUCAAAUUAAUAGUCAACUCUCUGUGCCCAAUGAUCUAUGGACAUGAGGUGGUUAAAGCCGGGUUAUCACUUGCUCUCUUUGGAGGCUGUCAAAAAUAUGUGGAUGAUAAAAACAGAAUUCCCAUUCGUGGAGAUCCUCACAUGCUUGUGGUUGGAGAUCCCGGACUGGGAAAAAGUCAGAUGUUACAGGCAGUUUGUAAUGUGGCCCCUCGUGGCAUCUAUGUUUGUGGAAACACGACUACAACUUCUGGAUUGACAGUAACCCUAUGCAGGGACAGCGCCACAGGAGAUUUUGCCUUGGAAGCUGGAGCUCUUAUUUUGGGAGACCAAGGUAUAUGUGGAAUUGACGAGUUUGACAAGAUGGGUGCUCAGCAUCAGGCUCUAUUAGAAGCUAUGGAACAACAGAGUAUUAGUCUUGCCAAGGCUGGGAUUGUUUGCACCUUACCCGCCAGGACAUCCAUCAUUGCUGCUGCUAACCCAGUGGGUGGGCACUACAACAAAGGCAAAACCGUCUCUGAAAAUUUGAAAAUGGGAAGUGCCUUAUUAUCGAGAUUUGACCUGGUGUUCAUCCUGCUGGAUACCCCAAACGUAGACCACGAUCAUUUGCUUUCAGAACAUGUGAUGGCCAUGAGGGCGGGGUCAAAGGAGACGUUGCGUAGUGCAACAGUAACCCGUAGAGACACUCAGGAUUCCAAUACCUCUGUGCUGGAGGUGCCCUCCAACAGGCCUUUAAAAGACAGAUUAAAGGUUCAGCCAGGUGAAUUUUUGGAUCCUAUUCCACACCAGCUAUUAAGAAAGUACAUUGGCUAUGCCAGACAGUAUGUACAUCCUAAGCUGUCCCCGGAUGCAGCUCACGUCCUACAAGACUUCUACCUGCAGCUUAGAAAACAGAACCAAGGCAUUGACAGCACUCCUAUUACAACCAGACAACUGGAGUCAUUAAUCCGACUAACAGAGGCUCGAGCCAGGCUGGAGCUGAGGGAAGAGGCCAUCAAAGAAGAUGCUGAAGAUGUUGUGGAAAUAAUGAAAUACAGCCUGCUUGGGACGUACUCGGACGAGUUUGGAAAACUGGAUUUCGAUCGAUCUCAGCACGGCUCAGGAAUGAGUAAUCGUUCUCAAGCAAAGAAAUUUGUUUCCGCUCUUAACAGAAUUGCAGAACGGACUUACAAUAACCUGUUUGAUUAUCAACAGCUUCGGCAGAUUGCCAAGGAAUUGCAGAUCCAGGUCGCUGACUUUGAAAGCUUUGUGAGCUCGCUGAAUGAUCAAGGCUACCUGCUAAAAAAAGGACCCAAAGUUUAUCAGCUCCAGACCAUGUGAUUCUUCAUUUUGGCACAAAGUGAUAACACAACAAGACAAACGGAUAUUUAAUCGCUUAUUCAUGAAUGUAGAAGUGAAUGUGAAUGUAGAAGUGUACAUAGAGCGAAUCGGACCAGUGCUUCAUUUAGGCUGCAUUCACACUACAGCGUUUUGAAUCGCAGGCACAUUUACCAUGAAUUUUCCCACAAUUUGAAAGCGCCGAUGUGUGAAUGACAAAUCGCUGGACUCGCGUUUUGAGACUGUAUUCAUUUGAAUGACGCCUUAAAUCGCGGCGUGGGUCUGCCGCAAUUGUCACGCGAUAAAUCGUGCUGCAAUCAUGGCAGUGCGCAUAGCGGGAAGCAUGUCGUCCCAAAAAAAGUUCAGGAGCUACUUUUGGGCGACACGCUUGCCACGAUGCAUGUUGCCACGCAUGCAGUGCGAUUUAUCGUGCGGCAGAUCCGCACCACGAUUUUGAGGUGUCAUUUAAAUGAAUGGCAUCUCAAAUGCGAGUUUCGCGAUUUGUCAUUCACACACCGGCGCUUUCAAAUCAGAUUCGUGACGAAUCUGCCCACGUUUCAAAAUGCUGAAGUGUGAAUGCAGCCUUAUAACUGUUCUGUAGCCCUGAGCAUGUUUAACAUUUUAAGCUAUUGUGCUACAUUUGUAAUGCUGCGUUUUGUGUCCUUAUUGUAUAUAUUUUAAUUUCCAUAUAAACUGAGAAUCUAUUGUUAAAACAGUA